CUGAAUAUGUCAACUGCACUCAGCCUGCGUUUUCUACACAGCUACACAAAACCAGGUACAUUUGGAUGGGCCCCUGGUGUCACGCGCACGUUCAAAGUCAGUGUGCAGAGCAGUGGCUAUAAGUAUGUAAAUGCUCAGGAGCUGCCGACUGACCUGAGAUCCAUCACUGACAGGGCAGCCACAACCCUCCUUUGGACGGAGCUCUUCAGAGGUUUGGCGAUGACCAUGAGCUACCUGUUCCGUGAGCCUGCAACCAUUAACUACCCCUUUGAGAAGGGCCCCCUGUCACCACGAUUCCGUGGCGAGCACGCCCUGCGCCGAUACCCCAAUGGAGAGGAGCGCUGCAUAGCCUGCAAACUGUGCGAGGCCAUCUGCCCGGCUCAGGCGAUUACUAUUGAGGCUGAGACUCGAGCUGAUGGGAGCAGGAGAACCACCCGCUAUGACAUCGACAUGACCAAGUGCAUCUACUGCGGUUUCUGCCAGGAAGCAUGUCCCGUCGAUGCAAUCGUUGAGGGUCCAAACUUCGAGUUCUCCACCGAGACCCAUGAGGAGCUGCUGUACAACAAGGAAAAGCUGCUUAACAAUGGAGACAGAUGGGAGGCUGAGAUAGCAGCCAACAUACAGGCUGACUACCUAUACAGAUAGAAUGCUGCAUCUGUUUUCUCACUUUAAAGAUGCAUGAAUACCACAUAUUAUGCUUAUGUGCAUUAAAGAGAUUAAUACUAGUAGCUUUACAGAAAAACGAGAUCACGUGAUCAGGGCGGAAACUGACUCAUAGUCCACGCUGAAUCUCCCGCGAACGCAGCCAUUUACUCUUUCCUCUCUUCGCAGUGACACCGAAAAGUCGCACCCAUGGCUGAUUCAAUGGCUCAGUGUGUUCCGGUGGCAGUUUUCAAGCUUGUGUUGGUGGGAGAUGGAGGCACAGGAAAGACAACUUUUGUGAAGAGGCACAUUACAGGGGAGUUUGAGAAGAAGUAUGUAGCUACUCUGGGAGUCGAGGUACACCCACUGAUGUUCCACACCAACAGAGGACCCAUCAAGUAUAAUGUGUGGGAUACAGCUGGUCAGGAGAAAUUUGGUGGUCUGCGAGAUGGCUAUUACAUCCAAGCUCAGUGUGCUAUCAUCAUGUUUGACGUCACUUCUCGGGUCACCUACAAGAACGUGCCCAACUGGCAUCGUGACCUGGUCCGCGUGUGUGAGAACAUUCCCAUUGUCCUCUGUGGCAAUAAGGUAGACAUCAAAGACAGAAAAGUCAAAGCCAAGAGCAUUGUGUUUCACCGCAAGAAAAACCUGCAGUACUACGACAUUUCUGCCAAAAGUAACUACAACUUUGAGAAACCUUUCCUGUGGUUAGCGAGGAAGUUGAUCGGUGAUCCCAACCUGGAGUUUGUGGCAAUGCCCGCCCUGGCUCCCCCAGAGGUCCAGAUGGACCCCAGCCUCGCUGCUAAAUAUGAGGAAGAGCUUCAAGUUGCAUCACAGACAGCACUCCCAGAUGAAGAAGAUGACCUCUAACCUGUUACCUGUGCCCCUCCCCUCCCCAAAUGUGGACAGGAAAUUGUCGGAGUUUUGCCCCUUUACUGUAAAAUCCCUUUUCAGAUUUUUUUUUUAUUUUUGAAUCUUUUUGUUUUAAAACUAAGAAGAAAAAAAAACUUUGUGGUUCUAAUUUCACUGUAUGACACACGCAUACCCCAGUGUUGUUGGCAUGGCAACGUGCUACUCCUCAUCAAGCACCCUCCACUGCACAUACCCAGCCCGCAUAACGCUGAUGUACAGUGUACCGGAAGCACUAAGGGGAAUAAACUUUGAAUAAAAACAUCAUCAAUACAACGUGCUUGUUAAUCUAUUUUUCUGGACUGUGUUCAGGGUGGGGGUCUGUAAAAAUCCAGUAAUGCUUAUGCUCCCAAUAGUUCCGAAAAGGUCUUUAAAUUGUUUUUUUUUUCUGUUUUCAUUUGUCACAGUAGAAUAAAAGCUUGAGAAACUGGUUACUUCAGCUUCCACAGUAAUUAUGUGUGAUGAUUCCGAUAACAGUACGGUCCCUGCAGUUGUCCUGACGCUUGCCUCAGCAAAUAAAGUGUUCUGUAAUUUGGAA